AUGAAGAGAGAGAACAACAACCUGGUAGAGGAAGAGGGCGGUCUUUAUUCUUCGUCUCCAGCCAGAGAUGAAAAGCAUCAAAUGAGUGAGAGAAGAAUGGAGGAAACACCACAGAGUCUGCUGCUUUGUCUGAGUUUCCUGCUGUGCUGCAGAAUAAACCAAGCUGGUCUGACUGUGAGUCCCAGUAGAUCUCAGUUCUUUAAAGGAGACUCUGUGUCUCUGAGCUGUGAGGAGGACAACAUCUCUACUGGAUGGACUGUGAGGAGAAACACAGCCAGAGGAACCAGAACUCAGUGUGGAGAUGGAUGGGGGAGAAAAGAAGGUUCUACCUGCAAAACCAGCAGCAUCAGAGAACAUGAUACUGGAGUGUACUGGUGUGAGUCCAGAGAGGGAGCAGCCAGCAGCAGCAUCCAGCUCACUGUCUCUGGUGGAUCAGUGAUCCUGCAGAGUCCUGUCCUCCCUGUGAUGGAGGGAGAUGACGUCACUCUGAGCUGUCAAACAAAGACUUCCUCCAACCUCCCAGCUGCUUUCAUUAAAGAUGGCGUCAUCAUCAGGACUGAGCCUGCAGGUCACAUGACCCUCCACCAUGUGACCAGCUCUGAUGAAGGUCUCUACAAGUGUAACAUCAGUGGUCAUGGAGAGUCUCCAUCCAGCUGGAUCUCUGUCUCAGUGAAACUCACCACCACCACUUGCACCACCUCCAUCCCUCCAACCACUCCUCCUCCUGCCUCCUCAUCAUCUCUUCUUUCCAUCUUGUUGCCUCUUGCAUCUUUAUGUGUUGUGUUUCUACUGGUGUUACUGGUUCUACUGGUGAAGAGACAUCAUCACAAGUCAAAAGCUGGUAAAGGAGACGACAUCACGUACAGCGACGUCCAAAUAACUCAUCUUCAGCAACAGAAAGUCAAACCCAGCAGAGAUGGGCUGGAAACCUUCUCUCAGUUCUUCAGGACAGAGUUCAGAGAGGAAAGCCUCAAGUUCUGGUCGGCCUAUGAAUACAGAACCACUGAUCCAGGAACAAAGCUGCUGUCCAAAGCCAAAAUAUUUCUACAGUCUUUAUGGAAUCAGAGGACCCAUAAACAGAUUAAAGAGAAAAGCUGA